GUUUGGAAACAUGAAGCAAAAGAUAGUUAUUAAGAUACAAAUGAGGGGAGGACCCAAAGGGUGUCUUUUGGGUUGCAUCUGGAGGAAGCGUGGUGAUGAGGGAGAGGGGUUUCAGACCAAAGUAAUGAAGAAAGUAGCUGAAACGCAUGGCGUGAUAUCAGUGGGUAUAGAAGGAGAUGACAAAGAUAAAUUAGUGGUGACUGGAGAUGGAAUUGAUUCAGCUAAGCUGAUCCAGUGUUUGAGAAAGAUUGGUGAGGCCAAUCUACAGAGUUUGGAGGCAAUAAAAGAAAAAGACGACAAAGAUAAACCAAUUGAAUGUACUUCAGCCUACUGCUACCCACCUGAGUAUCCAUAUCCAUUGUAUAUAUGUUACUAACUCACCAUGUUUGAUUAUAGUUUAUCAUCUUCCCAAA